UCGAGCACGUGUUGACGGCGGCAUUCCUACGUCAGAUUUGCAUGGUGAAGACCGUCCCGCGUUUCGUGUUUGGCAGUAAUUUGCUAAAAGUUCAAGUUUUGCUUCCAAACAACAAUCGAAAAUGGUGUUUUUCACUUGCAACCACUGUGGCGAAUCCGCGAAAAAACCAGCAGUGGCGAAGCACUACCAAUUCAAGUGUCGAAAUGUGGAAAUCUUCGUCUCGUGCAUGGAUUGCCAGAAGGACUUCAGAGGCCAAGAAUACGUUGCUCAUACCUCCUGCAUCUCGGAAGCGGAAAAGUAUUCAGGAAAGGAUUACGUUCCAAAAGCGUCAAAGAACACGGGGCAGAAGAAGCAAGAAAGCUGGAUUGAGAUCGUACGCUCGGUUCUGAGUGGAGGCGACGUGAAUGUGUCGACCCAAAAUCGCAGGCUCCUCCAGAGGUUGCUCGAAUUCGAUAAUGUCCCCAGGAAGAAGCCUAAAUUCGUGAACUUCGUUGUGAAUUCACUGAGAAUAAAUAAACCGGACGCUCUUGCUGUUUGGGAGGUGAUAGAGCCAGCUCUCGACAAGUUCAAAGCAACUCGUCCGGGAGCCCAGAAAGCAGAAAACGAACAAAAAAGUGAUGAAAAGGUUGCCGAUGGGGACUGCAAUGGUACAGAAGCAAAGCCAGAAAUAAAUGGGUCGGAGACUGAGGGCAAAAGUGAAAAGAAAAAGAGGAAGAAACGAGAUAGUGACGAGCCAGCAAACGGUGUCGAGGAAAGCGCUCCAGUUAGCAACGAUGUGGAUCCUGAAAGUGCUUCUCCUAAAAAGAAGAAGAAAAAGUCAAAACAUCCCGCAGACGACCAAGAAAACACACCCCACAAUGGACAUGUUGCAGAAAAUGGAACUUCACCCACCGACGACACCGAAACCCCCAAGAAAAAGAGCAAGAAACGAUCGAAAGAGGCGGACGAGGAAACAUCAGUCACUACCACUUCACAGGAGACGAACGAAACCAACGGUUACCUCUCACCUAAAAAGAAGAAGAAAAAGACUUCGGAAAGCGAACAGAACACGGGAGACUCAACCAACGGAGGGUUGGAUGAAACCGUCCCGGGGCCCCCAGGCAAGUUCGAUUGGACCAACGAAAUUUUCAAUGUCGUGGAGAAAAACAAUAACGAAAUCGACCUAGAGAAGCUCAGGAAGAAGGUUCUGAAGAAAUACCAGAAAUUGUAUCAAGUGGACGAGAUCCCGUGGAAGGUUCAGAAAACAUUCAAUAAGAAGCUGAAAAAGUCAGGACUCAAAGUUGAGGGCAAUUUAGUUAAGACUAGUAUUUAGGUAGAACGUUUUAAUAAAUCAAUUUUUUAAAAUUAA